AUGGCUGCCAGCGGCGGUGGCCCCAUGGUAGGCCCCAAUAUGGCUGCGGCAGCCAGCAUGGUGCAAGGCGGCGUCAACAACCUCACGACGCUGUCCAGUAGCUAUCUCGACCGCUUCUUUCCGCCUCGGCAGCGCCAGCAGUGGAAGGCCACGCUGUUGAAGUUCGCCACUGAACGGCCCUACCUAGCGAGUUUCUUGCUCAGCCAGACCGCCAUCAGCGGCCUCCCGCUCGUGCUCUUCGGGCUGAUGACGGUGACGGUCUUUAUCUUCGCCCUGCUGGCCGGUGUCCUGGUGGUGCUGCUGGGGGCGUUGUUGUUCGUGACGGCCGCGGCGGGAUUUUCCCUGAUCAUCCUCUUGCCGACUUUGUUCUUUACUACCGGAGUGGGUGCGUUCGUCUGGCUUUGCGGCAUCGGCUUGUAUUUUGUCUUCCAAUGGAUCAAUGACAAGGACGCUUCAGGCGCUCAAACCGGUUCCCCAGCGCCAGCCGCCGUGCCCGUCCCCGUGCCCGUACGAUCGAGUGGUCCUGGAAAUACGCAAAACGUCAACGGUCCUCCCGCCAAUGCGCCGUCUAGGCCUCCCGCUCCGAACAAUCCGCAGGGUCCUAGUGGCAAUCCCGCUGGUGGACCGCCUCGGCCGACCGGUCCAAACAAUGGUCCAGGUCCCAACGGUCCCCCGAGACCGACCGGCCCUCCGAAUGGUCAAGGAAACCCAGCCGGUGGCCAACCCAGACCGAACGGCCCUCCCAAUCCUCAGGCAGCCAAUGGAGCUCCACAGGGCGGUCCAAGACCAAAUCCGGGCCCAAACCCGAACAUGAACCCGAACCAGAAUCCAAAUAUGGGACAGCAGAGGCCGCCUCCGAACAAUGGACCACCGCCGCAGCAACAGCAACAACAACCUCAGCAACAGCAACAGCCAAAUGGAGCAGCACCGGUGAACAACACCGGCAACGUUAACGGCGUCGUCAACGGUGUCAACAACCCCAACAACGGUCCUCCUCCGAAUGGUGUCCCUAACAUGAACAACAGCAACCUCAACCCUGGUAACGGCCCAGCAAACGGCAUGAACAUGCCGAAUUCCCCUCCCCAGAGGAAACCGGUGGGGAGCAGACCCCCCUCGGUGAGCCCCGGCCCGAGAAUGCCGCAGGGAGAUGGGGGAAUGCAGCAACAGGGCAUGCAGCAGCAGGGCAUGCAGCAGCAGGGAAUGCCCCAGGGAGCUCCUGCUCCGGCCCCGAGCCCGACUCCCGCCCCGAUUCCGCUACCCAUCGCCGUGGCGAAUGCGAUGGCGGAGCCAGUUGAAGGGCAAUGA